AUGCCUGCGCGCGGCCCUCUAUCUCCGAGCUCCCAACCGGCCAAGCGACAGAGGCAGAACUCCUUUGACGAUGGAUCGCCGCGCAACGGUCAGCCGAGCCCCAACGAUCGACAGCAAGCCGACGCCGCAUCGUCCUCUGCCUCUGCUCCUGCCUCCGCUGCUGCCUCGGUUGCUGCCAAGCCAGGCCAGAGCAGCAACUUCCGCAACGUCAGCGCCUGUAAUCGAUGUCGCCUCCGCAAGAACCGUUGCGACCAGAAGCUCCCGAGCUGCGCGAGUUGCGCCAAGGCCGGAGUCGCCUGUGUCGGUUACGAUCCCAUUACCAAGAAGGAAAUCCCACGCAGUUAUGUCUUUUAUCUCGAGACGCGAGUUGAGCAGCUCGAGAAUCUGCUCUCAUCCAAUAACAUCGCCUUUCCCCCAGCCGAAAACCUCGAGAUAUGCUCUCGCCCAGGCACCGACACCGCCAGCAUCAACUCGACGACAGAGACGGGCUACUCGGGUCAGUCUGAGGCUGGCGACCGCACUAUCAAUAGGCCUCAGAGCCAGGCAGUUGAAUCGCUGAAGCCCAAGAAGCCGGGCCAGGCCGGCUUUCUCAACAUUGUCAGCCCUUCGAAACCCCGGUCUUUGGCCUCCGCAUCUGGUGUCUCGUUUGCCAGGGUCGUGUACGCUGCUGUGCAGUACUCUACCUCUGGUCAGACGGGUAUGGGUGAUCGACCAGGCUCCCGUCAACCUACAGGAAAUGGAGCUUCGCUGCGCGACUCCUUCUUUGGUCUUCACACACGGCCCACCAUCAAGCCUGCUGCUUUCCCUCCCAAGGAAGUCGGCCUGCGGUUGGUGAGGCUCUACUUUGAGCAUUCUAACCCUCAGAUCCCAAUUCUCCACCGAGGAGAGUUUAUGCAGACUUUUGAGCGCGUCUAUGCCACACAGGACCCCGGUCGCGGCUCGCGGGAGCUGUAUUUGUUGAAUAUGGUAUUUGCUAUCGGCUGCGGUGUCAUAGUGGGCGAGCCCGUAAAGACAGAAUCGUCGGGCGGUAGUACGGGCGCCGAGGCCAGGAGCCGAUGUGAGCCUGAAGAAUACCAUGCGAGCGCCAUUGUUCACCUGGAAUCGUGUCUGAGCAACAGCGGCGGGGGGUUGGAGGUUUUGCAAGCCGUGCUUCUCCUGGCUAACUUUGCCCUCCUCCGCCCUGUUCCCCCUGGACUCUGGUACAUCAUUGGCGUUGCUGUGCGACUCGCGGUUGAUCUCGGCCUUCACUACGAAGACGACAGAGACGUGGAAGUGUCGAUACCCGAGCCUACCGAGUCGGACCAGACUGAGGGUGCUGGGCCACGCGAGAAUGGUGUUCAGGCUCGUGGAAGAAAGCUGUGGACGCGUGACAUGAGACGACGUCUGUGGUGGUGCACGUACUCGCUUGAUCGGCUGGUGAGCACAUGUGUUGGAAGACCAUUCGGCAUUAGCGAUCAGGUCAUCACAACCGAGUUCCCCUCGCCGUUGGACGACGACUAUAUCACGCCGACGGGGUUCUUGGAUCCACCAUCAGACCAGAUCCAGCCCAGCUACAAGCAUGUCGCCCAUCACUACUUCCGCUUGCGGCUGCUGCAAUCUGAGAUCUUGCAGGUGUUACAGUAUAACCAGGCUCAGAUCGCCAAGGCGGGCGUCUCAAACAAGCAUCCCGAUACGCAUAUGCACCUGCCGUCGCCUUUCCUGGUACAGUUUGAUUCGUUCCGGUCAUGGCGCAUCGACAUAGACAGGAGGCUGUACCGGUGGAAGACAUCGGCACCCACGAGGCAGGAGACGGGCGUCAUGUUCUCGACCGAAUUCCUUGAGCUCAACUAUUGGCAAGCCAUCAUCAUGCUCUACCGCCAGAGCCUGAGCGUGCCCGCCAUGUUCGAGGGCGAGUAUAACUCGUCAAACGAGGUCAACAGUCCCACGGCCUACCAAGCCGAGCUACGUGAGGAUGAGGAUCGUAUCUAUCUCAAGGUUGCUGAGGCUGGCCAAAAGAUUCUUCGUCUCUAUCGACAGCUCCAUCUCAGUGGUCUGGUCAGCUACACCUACCUCUCCACGCACCACCUCUUCAUGGCAGGAAUUUCGUACUUGUAUGCCAUCUGGCAUUCGCCAAUUGUGCGAAGCCGCCUUACCAUGGACGAGGUGGAUUUUACCAUCCUCGCGGCUAAGUCGGUCCUCACCGAUAUGAUUGACAAGUGCCCGCCGGCUGAGACGUGCCGAGAUGCUUUCGACCGGACAGCCAAGGCCACCAUCAAGAUGGCCAGUUCUACAGGAGGUUUCGGGUCUCCGACGACUCAACCUCGAAGACAGCGCUCGGCUUGGAACACGCCCCCUGACUCAUCCAAGGGCUCAGCACAGGUCCGUCACCGGCACCAGAGCUCCGACCAGGCGUCUUAUCAGUUCGACAUGUCGCGGUCUGACUCGCUCUCGUCCCCGACACUGUCCGUGACGGGCGAGGUGAAUGCGCAGCCGUCUCCUCCGAUGGCGCGGACUGCUGAGGGGUACAUGCUCAAGUCGCGUAAUCGCCCAAGCCCUUCCGAGCUCAACCAGGAGGGAUCGCCCGUUGAGUCGGGCAUGGUACCAUCACCUGGUGUUCCUAGGAGAGUGACAUCACAGCCAUCCACAGGCGGUGGAUCGUAUACUGGACAGCACCCUCAGCAGCAGUUCAGCGGACCGGGGCCGGUUGAUUAUCCCGACGCGCAGACGAUGGAGUUUCUGCAGAACUUGGGUGCUUCGGCCAACGGCGAGUUCGGCAGGAUGGACCAGUCUCAGAUCGACCUCGGCAUGGGUAUGAACUGGGAAGGGCUCCAUCACGACUUUAGCGAGACUCCCCAGAUGAACCCCUUUGAUACCUUCUUCUUUGGCGGGCCCCAAGGUGCCAACGGCAACGGGUCCAGCAACGAUGGAGGGAUGAAUAUGUGA